UAAUGAUUUAAUUUCAAACUCGUUAGAACAGUUAAAAUGAGAUUAAUUGGAGUUUGAAGAUUUGGUCAAAAUGCUGAGCUUAUUCAAGCCAUUGAGCUGCUUGAAGCUGAUGAACGGUAUGAAGCUGAGUCUGAUGUGGAAAGUCGUCUUUCUUGUACUACCAGUAGUUCAGCCCACGUAUGUUUCAGUUGGUACACGGAUACCAGGAGACUUUGUACUGGGCGGUUUGUUCCCUGUACAUGAGAAAAGUGAAGUGACUGGUCAACCUUGUAGCAGGAAACUGUACAACAGAGGUGUUCAGAGGAUGGAAGCCAUGCUGUUUGCAGUGGAUAAGAUAAACAAUGAUACAAACCUACUAAACAAUAUAACCCUAGGGGUUAAUAUCCAGGACACAUGCUCCAGGGAUACCUUUGCUCUGAAUCAAUCUCUAGAAUUUAUCAGAUCUUCAUUAAACAACUUGGAAAUGGCGUCACAGUACGAAUGUGAAAAAGGAGGGGCACCGAAGCACAAGCUAGAGAAUACUGGACCUGUCCUAGGGGUCAUUGGAGGUCAUUAUUCUUCGGUUUCACUUCAGGUUGCUAAUCUUCUCCGUCUGUUCCGCAUCCCCCAAAUAUCUCCAGCUUCUACGGCUAAAGCCCUCUCAGGUAAAAAUCCUCG